UUAAAGUGAAAGUAAACAGGAGGAAAAUCAGGAGUACGUUUGAUUCUCACUGAAGUUGGUCUGUUUUUAUUAAUGAUAUUUAAGCAUUCCUAAGGUCUCUUUUUGAAUGGUAUUUGUAUUACAGUGGGAUAGGUUAAAUAUUACUGUGUUGAGUCUAACAGCUCAUAUUCAUCAUAACUAACGGACGAGUCUUUGUCUCCGGAAUGUUGUUGAUUAUUAUCACUUUACUGCUGAAUCUCCUCAUACAGACUUCUGUCUCGUUCACUGUUGUGGUUCCUCGUGAUGAGAUAGUGGCUCAUGUCGGGUCCACAGUCACUCUGCCCUGCUGGAUCUCUCCUCCUGAGAAAGCUGAAGCUCUGGAGAUCCGCUGGUACCGUCAUGACCAGUUCAGCAACCCUGUUCUCUUCUAUCAGCAUGGGAAGAUCCAGGACCUCCAGGAGGAAUCGUACAGGAACAGAACCUCACUGACUCAGUGGUCAGAUCAGUCUGGUGGACUGAAGGAUGGAGACGUCUCUCUACGGCUGGAGAAACUAAGAGUUCAGGAUGAAGGUUCAUUUCACUGUUAUAUGAGUGGAGAAAGUGCAUAUGACAGUGGAAAGGUGGUUCUCAAAAUCACUGAUCCACCAGAUUCAUCAGAUCUAUGGAAGACUCUUUUCUUCACUCUUCUCAUUUGUGCUCUUCUGGGUUUGGUUAUUGGGUUGAUCCUGUACAAAUACAGACACAAACUAACAGUGAAGAAACCAAAAGAUCAAAUUUGUGAGGACGUACUUAUGGAGAAACUGACAAAAGAAGUUGAGGGAGAGAUAAAUAUAGAAGAACUGAGGAAACAUGCAGUUCAGAUCACUAUUCACCAACAAUAUGUAUCUACAUAUUUGAAAGUUUCUAAGGACCGUAAUAUGGUAUGGAAUAGUAAAGAAUAUAAACACACUGGAGAGGGAUUUCCCUACAAAUUGUAUGCAUUUGGAGCUCAAAUAUUUACAUCUGGACGUCACUAUUGGGAGGUUUCAUUGGCACGUCCACCUAAUCCUCCUAAAAACUACUGGUUAAUUGGUGUGGCGAAAGAUGAAAGUUUUCGUUCAAAAGACAAAUCUGUAACUCCAUCAAACGGUUACUGGUUUCUGUGUUCAGACGGUCCUAAAGGCUUUUACAUCAACUCUGAUCCUCCAGUUAAACUCUCACUGACGCCGAGACCUGAACGACUGGGAGUUCUGUUAGAUUAUGAUGACGGUCAGCUGUCAUUUUACAAUGUCAAAGAGAAGAAACAUCUCCUGACCAUGAGCACCAGAUUCACUGGAUCAGUCGUUCCUCUGUUUAAUCCAGGUGUAGGAGAUAAGAGUCGACUUAAAAUUCUAGAUUGUCCAAAACAUCCAGAAUCACCUGAAGAGUCCAGUCAACCUUUACUGAAUAACUCUGAGUCUACACCGGAUGCAAGUGGCGCAACGAAACAUGUCAAAAGCAAAUAGAAACCAUUAUAAUCGGUGAUGCUGUCUACACUGGAUGCUGAACAACACAGUAUGAUGACAGAAAUUAUGCCCUGCUCUAUUUCUGAUGUACUCCACACACACUGAAGCUGCCGUCACAUUAGUGAUAUUUCAGCCAAAUUUCAUAAAAAGCUCCACUGUCUCUUAUAGCGUAGCGAUGUAUGAAACACAGCUCACACAGACGACACUUUCAAACCAAGCAGCUUCAGUUUGUCAGCGCAGCGAAAAAACAGCAAAAACGAGAGUGUGAAAUGUGAAAUUACAUCUGAUGUUGUAAGAUAUCUUCAACAGAUGGACACUUUUUAUAACUUUGUAAUACAUGUAUUUUACUGUAAAUGAUUGAAAAUUGAAGUAUAUUUUGAUUGAUGUUUUUGUUAUUUUAAUAAAAGACAAUAAAUAAUAAAUCAAAAUA